GACGACCAGAGCCAAAAAAAAACAGGGAGUGCAUCUCGUCUGCGGUCUGCCUUUUUUGCAGUGAAAUUUUAGCGAAAAUUCGCGUGAAUUUCUAAUUUAAAACGCCUGAAAUCGUGUUAAAAAGUUGCGUGACGUGUGUUUGCGGCGUUCGACGGUUUGAGUGCAACGUGAAAUUUGUGCCGGAAUGGAAUAAUCGUGAUUUUUCUCUUCGUUCGAAUUGCCUCAAGAAAAUGCCUGAAAUCAGAAAGUGAAAAAGUCGCCAAUCGAUAAUCGCUCUGCAGGAGGUGUUUUUGCUUGCCAUCCAUCAAACUGCUACUGCUAGCUGCCGGGAGUGGGGGAAAGGGUGUCCUACUUUCCAAGGGAGGUCUGCAAAUCAGCUGCGCCCAUCGUAAGGGCGUUUCUUCGUUGUUACCGCCGGAGGAAAGUGGCUCGCUUGCGAUAUGAGAUUCAACAAGCAGGAACUGAUCUCUUUGGCCACCCAACCGAGUAAUAAGUUCGAUAAGGAAGGACCACUGUAUUUGACCGAGAAGCAGGAAGGAUUCUUCCGGAAAACCGAAGCAGAAGACUCGGCCAGUAACAAAACCAGCAACAACGUCCCAAACGCCGCGCCCGGCCAUAAAACCCAUCAUCACAAGCGCAAACAGUCGCUCAGUUGCAUUGGUGGUACCCAGAAAGUCAGCCUCGAGAAGUGGUGCCGGCUUCGGGGCAAUCUCCUGUUCUACUUCAAAACCAGCGACCAGUUCUCGGAACCGCAGGGAUGCAUCGUGCUGGAAAAGUACCGCUGCGUUAAACAGGGCGACCACAAGGAGUACGACGGUUACGUGUUCUACUUGGAGUUCGAGGACGGCCUGAGGCAGCGCUUUGCCACCAAUACCGAACAGGAACGGCUCGAAUGGAUGCAGGCCAUCGGGCUGGCCGGUUACGACGUUAAACGGGCCCAGCUGAAGUAUCUGCGGGAACAGAUCGACAAGAAGCGUGGCAUGAUCCACGACGUGGAUGUGGACAUGUUGCGGCUGCAAACCGGCAAGGAGAUAGAGCUCAACGAAGUUCCAAUCUGUGAGUCAGCCAUCUCCUGCGAUAAUCUCCUCUGCGACGGCAACGGAAAGCCGCCGAAUCCGUCGGUCGUAGUGCAGGUCACAUCCAACAACCGGGCGGCCAGCGGUUGGGUCAAGUACGGCCGCACGGAAGUGAUCGAGCGCAGCUCGAAUCCUCAGUUUAUCUGCACGAUAACGUUCCGGACGGGGGACGGUCUCAAUGCCAAAUCUCAGAUCCGCUUCACGGCGUACGACGUGCGGGAAAAGGUUACGCAGACGGCGGUGCCCAUAGGAUGGGCCGAAGUGGCCCUCGGAGUCAUAACGGACACCUCGCGGCUGAGGAUACCGCUGCGGACGCAGAGUCCUUGCGGGGGGAAUGCCGGAUUCAUAACGAUUGCUACCUGUGCGCCCGAUCUGGAGAAGAAGACAUCACGCUCGCCGGCCAAAGUUGGUUUGGAACAGCAGCAGCAGCACCAUCAGCAACAGCAGGCCAUUGGCCAUCGGCGGUCGCAAUCGUUGCCGCCCAAGCUGGGCGUGAAGCUGUUCAUUCCGCCGCCCUCGAAGGUGGCACUGGUGUUUACCAACCCGAACAUUCACACCUACCGUCUGCAUUCGGGAUUGGGUGGCGACAUCAGCGUCCAGGAAAUCAUGCUCGAAAGCCAACUCUGCUACAUAAUCCCUCAGCAAUUGCUCUCGAUCUGGAUCGCCCGGGAAAAAGAACUGCUGCAGGAAAUUUCCGGCAUGGGUGAACUGGGCGGUGAGUGGCGCCACCGCCAGAUGGAACUGCUCGACAAGCAUCUGAAGCUGCUCAAAGACUACUCGCAGGCGAAGCAGUUCCUGGCGCAGCAGCAACAGCAAGGUAAGCACUUUAAGCCGAGCUGCAAGAAGGCGGACGAGACGCUGGAGUUCGCUCCGGUCAAUUUGCACCUGCAGCGGAUGUGGGCCCACAAUGAUACGCUGAAACGGGCCGGAGUGCUGGACGUGACGACUGUGGGCGCCUUUACGAGGCAUUCCGGAAAAUCGAAGACCGGGGGGUUGGUGAAGCUGUUGCAGCAGAUCAAGGAUGCCAAUGCGAAGGAUGGAGGGAACUCCGAAAAAGUGGCAGCGGCAAACGACGCCGUACAGGCCAUCAAGCAGCUCCGCAAGGAGAUCGUCGAGAUCAUGUCCCAGUUACUCUACCUAGCAAAGUCCAAAAACCCCAAAGGAAUGCUUCCGCUGUGCAACGAUAUGAUGACCAAAACACGCGCCUUGCUCAACAUCUGGGAACCGAACCUGGUGGAGGAGGCCUUCGCGUUCAUCGAGCGACACCGGAUCAUCGAUGAUCCGACGCAGUCGACGGAUGGUUCCGGCGCUGUUGCCAGUGGGGGAACCGUUCCGAUGUCACCGUUCAAGAAGAUCACCCAACAGUUGGGUGCACUGGAUCUGAAGAGCCCCGAACUGGAGGACUUUUCCACUCCGAUGGGACCGGCACCGGAUCUGUGGCCGCAGGUUCGGACCAGCAAGUCCGGAGUCCUGGGAGCGUUCGGGACCAGCACCAAGUCCAAGUCCCCAUCCUCGGUGGACAUUAGCACCAUCGCAACCAUCCAGAGCACGUUCAGCCAGAUGAACAACAACAGCAAGUCGAAGGACUACCUGAUGUCCUGCUCACUUCCGGCGGCAUGCUACCUCCCGACGGAACAACCGAAGGAGUCCAAAUCGAAGAAAUCCACCCCGACGGAGGCGUCGUCGGCUUCCGCGAGUGACCUCAAGUUCAGCGAGACCCACUUCGAUGUCAACGGAGAGGUGACGAGUUCGACACCUGUGGACGCUUCCAUCAAAUCGCCGGAAGUGGAGAAAGCGGAGGAAGCAACGCCGGAGGCCUGUCGGGGGUCGGGGCUCUCCGUGAAUCAGCUGUUGGAGAACAAGAACGAGCUUUUGUCCAAUGUUUACGACGAGAAUGGGUAUCUGAUUGAGAAUACGGCGAUCGUGUUGGGUCACAACGGGGCCUUCCUGGACACCAAAGUGAUGAGUUCGAGUCCUUCGGCCAACUACUACCGGCCUACGGAGGAACCGGAACCGCUGGACUUGACGCAGCUCAACAUCGAAGCCAGUGUGAUGUGCCUGGUUAGUAAGGUUAAGUUUUUGUGUGGUCGAUGCGGAAGUCCGGCGGUCCGACUAAGGCAACCCAAGGGUUCUCUGAAGGCCAUUCGAGGGGUCCCUUUUGGUACAAUUCCGCCGGAUGUGGUGACCAGUCAACCGAUGUCGCUGCCUUGCGCCGAGGAGCAGGAUUCGGACAAAGACCCGUUGGCGAUGCCCGGAAAUCUCCCGAAGGAGCUCCUUCCGGGACCUUCCGGAAAACCUCCGCUCUGUAGCAAAGACUUAAACCUAGCGCUGACACAAGCCGUCGGAGAGGUCACCCGCAAGGUUAAAAAAGGCAACAAGUUCACGGAUGGUUUGGAUCUUUCGUUGACAACGGACUGGGCCUCGGAGUUGCGGCCUUCGAUGAAGAAGCUCCGCCAGGCCAUGGACGGGCUGCUGAAGACGGCACGGCUGAUGCACUCCGUUCAACGGCUACAGCAGGACAUGAAGAAGACCUCUACGGUGCUGGCGGUUAUGUAUCGACGGGAUGUCUGCUUCUCCCAGGCGCUGACUGCCCUGGUUUCGGCGCUGAUGGCCAAGCUCUGGGGGCAGAACGUCACGGAGAACUACAUCAGUUUGCUGUGCAACCUGGGUCCCCUGGCUUGCUUCGAGGGCUUCCUGUCUCUGUACGGAAGUGAGGCGGAUAUGUGGGGCGACAUGGGCGUGGCCAUUGCGGAUUUGGGUACGGUUAGCUUUACACUGGUACGGAGCAACAUCCAGAGGGAUUCGAAGGCGUUGCCUGUUCCGAGGGUCAUAGGCUCCCGGCAGCAGAUGAGCGUCCUGCUUCCGGUUCCGGAGUCGGUAUUCUGCCAUCUUCCAACGAAGGAGAGUACGAGCUUUAAGGUGACUCCGGUCUUCUUCAACAUCGGUAUCAACGAGAAGGCCACCCUGGCGGAAACCCUAGGAUACACCAAGGAGCAGCACCGGUCCAACUGGGAUAACUACGACCGGCUCAAGCAGUACCACGCCCGGUACCGACAUAUCCCGUUCAACUUUGUCAAUCCUUCCUGCUCGGCGGCGCUGGAUACGCCGACGAAAACAGGCCUGGCCAGCACCCAGCAGAAGGAGGUCCUCGUGCCGGAACACGCCGUCGUGAGCCUGUUCGGCGAGAUGGAGGAACAGCUGCGGGCGAACAGUUCCAAGAACUACCGGAUUUUGACGCUGGCCGAGGACAUUACCCGGUCGGUGCAGGGGCUGAGGUUUACCUCGUGCAAAAGUGCCAAGGAUAGGACCUCGAUGGGCGUUACGCUGGAGCAGUGCCGGGUGCUGCAACAGGAGUUCCAUCUGUCGAGUGCCAACGCGCAGAACGUGCUGGAUACGAUGCGAAGCGAGGGAACCCGCUCGGACAACACCAUGAAGAACAUCGGCCUGCGGAAGUACGCCUUCAAUCUGCCGCAGGUUCUGUCGCUUCCGCAGGUGUACCGACCGCCGGCCGGGGCCUACGGCAAGGCCCAAUCGUAAGUCAAUUUCCGGGUUGUAUGCGUGUAUGCGAGCGAACCUGUGUAUGUCAGACGUUCAAAACUUCUUCCAACCAUAAGCCAAAUGAGGUUAGUUUGUGUGCGGGCGGCAGCUGAGUCUUCUUAAUAUUUAGCAGCAUUAUUUAACGAAUUUUUACCUUAAGUUCCACUGAAAAGCAACCGCAGCCGAUCGCGCAAUCUAGUUUUCUCUCGGGUAGACUUUAAGUGAAAGUUUCUCCUCGUACUACUCAUAAGUAAGUCGUUGUUAAUAAUGUUGAGAAAGUUUUUAAUUUA